GCCUAGGGUCGGUCCACAGUUCAGUAACCCCAUCGGUAUUCAACAUGGCGCAGACCGGUGUACUUCCGUUUGUGAGGGGUGUGGAUCUCAGUCGAAACGAUUUUCGGGGAGAUGUCUUUCCAAAUGCCGUGGCUGACAUGUCUGGCCUUCGCUGGCUACGACUCAACCAGACCAACCUUGAAAUGCUUCCAGAUGAACUAUCACAACUCAAUAAACUGGAACACCUCCACAUGUCGAGGAAUAACCUGAUCCAGAUCCACGGAGACCUUCCCACAAUGCAAUGCCUGCGCACCUUGAACCUGCGUCACAACAAAAUCCGCAACUCUGGGAUUCCCAACGAUAUCUUCAUCCUAGAAGACAUGACUGUUGUUGAUUUUAGCCACAAUCAGUUAUCAGCCAUACCAGAGGAUAUGGAGAAGGCCAAAUCCCUUCUUGUCCUCAAUCUCAGCUUUAAUAACAUCAAGGAAAUCCCUUCCCAGUUGUUCAUGAACCUGACCGACCUUAUCUACAUCAAUUUCAGCGACAACAAACUGGAAAUUUUACCACCUCAGAUGCGAAGGCUGACCAACAUCCAGACUCUGAUCCUCAACAAUAAUCCGCUGCUCCACUCACAACUCAGGCAAUUGACGUCUAUGACCCAGCUGCAGACUCUUCACCUUCGCAACACCCAACGGAACCUGACCAACAUCCCACCAGUGCUGGAUGGUCUGGUAAACCUGGCUGAUGUUGACCUUUCAUUCAAUGACCUUGAGAGCGUACCUGAUGCUUUCUAUGCUCUCUCCUCUCUGAAGAGACUCAACCUCAGUAAUAACUGCAUCACAGAGCUGUCGGUGCUAGACUCGUGGACGAGGCUGGAAACCCUCAAUGUUGCUCGCAACAAGCUGAAGUCCCUCCCUCCUUCCCUGUGCAAGCUCAUCUGCAUGAAGCGUCUCAUCAUCAGCGGCAACCAGAUAGACUUUGAUGGCCUUCCCACUGGUAUCAGCAAGUUGAUCGCUCUAGAGCAGUUCAUAGCCGCGGAUAACCGUCUGGAGUCCGUACCCGAGGGGAUCUGUCGCUGCCCCAAGAUUAAGAAGUUGAUCUUGACCAAGAACCAUCUAUAUACUCUACCUGAGGCCAUACACUUUAUUACAGAUCUUGAAACACUGGAUGUCCGGGACAACCCUGACCUGGUGAUGCCCCCGAAGCCUAUUCCACAGCAGAUAGGAAGCGGAGCAGAGUACUACAACAUUGACUUCUCCUUGAGCCACCAGCUGAGGCUUGUUGGCGUAGUGCCCCCUUCACAAGCAGGAAGCUCACCAGCUGCUAAAGACGCUCUUGCACGCAAGCGGAGACUGAGAGAGAAAAGAAUCCAGAUGCAGACUGCCAAGGCACAAGCUGCAAAGGCUGAACAGGCCAAACAAGAUCAAGUGUUGAAGGGUAUGAGUGACCUUGCAAAGGAGAAGAAUGAAGGGCCUGCAGCAGAUGGGGAGGAAUCAGAAGUCAAGCCCAAGAGCUGGAUGGAUGCCUUGGAGAGGCCUCAGCUAGAUUACACUGAUUUCUUUGCAGCCAAUUGUGGAACCGAACCAGGGCUACAUAUCUGGCAAAUUGAGAACUUUAUCCCAAUACAGGUAGAAGAAGCCUUGUACGGCAAGUUUUACGAAGCUGACUGCUAUAUCAUCCUCCAGACCUUUCUUGAUAGCUCCCAGAAUUUGAACUGGCAGAUCUUUUACUGGAUUGGACAAUCCUCAUCGCUUGACAAGAAGGCCUGCUCCGCCAUGCAUGCUGUCAACCUGCGUAACAUGCUGGGAGCCAGGACACGAUCCAUCCGGGAGGAGAUGGGUGACGAGAGCGAUGAAUUCAUGGAGCUCUUCGAUCACGACAUCGCCUACAUCGAGGGCGGUACAGCCAGCGGCUUCUACUCUGUGGAAGAGAAUACCUACAUUGCUAGAAUGUACAGGGCGUCAGGCACGCAAAGUCUGCACCUUGAAGCGGUUCCAAUGGAUCAUGAAUCGUUAGAUACCAAAUAUGUGUUUGUCCUGGAUAAUGGGAUGGACAUCUACAUCUGGUACGGUCAGAAAUCAAAUCCUAUCACAAGGUCAAAGGCCAGGUUGAUGUGUGAGAAAAUCAACAAGAUGGAACGCAAGAACAAUGCUAAGAUCACCAUGAUGUAUCAAGGUAGUGAGGUGGAGGAUUUCUGGGAACCUCUUGGAGGCUACAGGGAAGACUUUGUACCACAGGACUGGUUAAAAUCUUUUGUCCCUGAGAAACCAAGACUGUACAAAGUUGGUCUUGGAACUGGAUACUUGGAACUACCCCAAGUGGAAUUACCUAAGGGAAAACCACACCAAACACUUCUUGAAACCAAGAAUGUCUACAUUUUGGAUUGCAAUGCUGAUGUAUUUAUAUGGAUCGGGAGGAAGUCAAGUCGUCUAUGGCGAGCUGCUGCACUGAAGCUAUCCCAGGAACUGUGCUCUAUGCUCAACAGGCCUAUCAAUGCUACGGUCAUCAGGAUACUGGAAGGAAAUGAAAGUCAAGUGUUCAAAUCUAAAUUCCCUGGUUGGGAUGAUGUAUUGGCUGUUGAUUACACCAAACGAGCUGAUCAGAUCCACAAGAAGCCAGCCAUUCAGAAGGAUGUACAAGAGAAGGAGGAGUUGAAGACUGACCUGUCGGCAUUGUUCAUGCCCAGACAACCUGCCAUGUCUCUCACAGAAGCUGAUCAACUGAUGGAAGAAUGGAACGAUGAUUUGGAUGGCAUGGAAGCAUUUGUUUUGGAGGGACGCAAGUUUGCCAGACUUCCUGAGAAUGAGAAGGGACACUUCUACAGCGGGGACUGUUAUGUGUUCCUUUGCCGUUACUGGGUACCCAAAGACCUCCCAGAGGGAGAGGAGGAGGAAGAAGAAGAGCAGAACGAGGAGGAAGAUACCGAAGAAGACUUUCAGUGCACUGUUUAUUUCUGGCAGGGCCGUGAUGCGAGCAACAUGGGGUGGCUGACGUUCACCUUCAGUCUUCAGAAGAAGUUUGAGUCACUCUUUGGUGAUAAGCUGGAGGUCGUCAGAUUGUGUCAGCAACAAGAGAACCUCAAGUUCCUUUCUCACUUCAAGAAGAAGUUCACCAUCUACCGUGGGCGCCGCCCUCUCCCCAAUGCCUCACCUGACGCGGAGCAGCCCAAGGACUUGAAUCCCAAACUCUUCCAUGUGAGAGCCAAUGGAGGUCCCCUGUGCACUCGCUGUAUUCAGGUCCACCCCACUGCGCAGUGGCUCAACCCAGAAUUCUGCUACUUAUUAGAAGUUCCAUUUGAUAGUCAAGAUAGUAAAGGUAUUGUCUAUACCUGGAUUGGUUCAAGGAGUGAUGCAGACAUGGCCAGGAUAGCCGAGGAACUUGCAUAUGAAAUGUUUGAUGACAUGUACAGCCAUCAGCUUCUCUCUGAGGGUUCCGAACCAGAGAACUUCUGGUGGGUGGCUCUGGGUGGUAAGAGGAACUAUGACCAAGAGGCUGACUACAUGAACAAGGCAAGGCUAUUCAGGUGUUCCAAUGAGAAGGGGUUCUUCACCGUGUCAGAGAAGUGCUCAGACUUUUGCCAGGAUGAUCUUGCUGAUGAUGAUGUGAUGAUUCUUGACAACGGCCAUGAGGUCUAUCUAUGGCUAGGACCAAGCUGUAGUGAUGUGGAGAAAAAACUUGCCUACAAAAGCUCGCAGGUAUAUGUUCAGCAUAUGAAGAACAAGGAGCCAGACGCCCCUCGUAAAUUUUCUGCAGUUAAGAAGGGGAAGGAACCCUGGAAGUUCAUCCGCUGCUUCCACGGAUGGGGACUGUUCAAGCCAGGUGCUAAGUAUUAGACAGUCACUUUCACAACAAAGCAACUCAAAACUUUUUAACUUGCUGCAUCCUCAAAGAAUGUACGGAGAUUACUUUCAUGAGUGCAAAACAUUGAUUUUACGUGCUUAAGAGCUUCGCCAAGGAAGGUGCCAAGUUUUAGAAGAAGACCUUCACUUGGUAGCUUAGACCUAAAUUCGGU